ACUCUUUGAUGUGUUUUGUGUGCUUCAGGUGAGAGAGUGGAGAACAAGCAGGUGCUGGUGAACAAAUCUAUGCCGACUGUCACGCAGACACCACUGGAGGGCAGUACCCAGCCAGGCCAGCCCCAGUACAGAGACGUGCCCAUCAGUUAUAAGGGGUCAACGGACUCGUACAUCGAAAAGGUCAUGAUCUCGUCCAAUGCUGAAGACGCCUUCCUCAUCAAGAUCCUCCUGAGGCAGACCAGGAGACCGGAGAUAGGCGACAAAUUCAGCAGUCGACACGGACAGAAAGGUGGCGACCCCAUGACAGUCACAAGGCCUGCUCUGUGAGACCAGCACUUACAGAUGUGGAGCUCAAAGCUGGAGGGAGAGUACAGAGGGUUCGGGUUUUCAACCUGUUGCGAGAGAUUUGUAAAUGCCUGGACAAAAAGAGGAAAAUCUUUCACUGUGCUGGAGCAUUUGUUGAGUCAAGUCCCACUAGCUGCUGCUCUGUCACUGCCCCCCUGUUCUCAUCUUUCAAGAGGCUUUUCAAUUAAUUGGCUCUUUGUCCUGUGCCAGACUAUGCAAAUUUAUUACACCCCAGCAGUAUUCUGGUGCUACUGGGGGGAAAAAAGUGUUUAUAGCCUCUAUUGUUUUGCAGCA